GCGGCUACGGCGGCCGCGGGGGUGGUGCCAGCGGCGUUUACCUAGCCCGGCCUUCUAGGCUCGAGGCUCCGUUCCACCAUGGCGCCCAAAGGCGGCUCCAAACAGCAGUCCGAGGAGGAUUUGCUUCUGCAGGAUUUCAGCCGCAACCUCUCGGCCAAGUCCUCCGCGCUCUUCUUCGGGAAUGCCUUCAUCGUGUCCGCCAUCCCCAUCUGGUUAUAUUGGCGAAUAUGGCAUAUGGAUCUUAUUCAGUCUGCUGUUCUCUAUAGUGUGAUGACCCUAGUAAGCACUUACUUGGUAGCCUUUGCAUACAAAAAUGUGAAAUUUGUUCUCAAACACAAGUAAGUAUAUUUCUCAAGGGAAAGUAUG